AUGGAAAGCAGGAGACAGAAGAUUGUCAACGACGGGGCCACCAUCGGCUCCCUCAAUCUGAGUGAUCUUAUUCGGGAGCCGGUACCCGAUCUAGAGGUUGCCGACAAUGCCAGCAUGCACGCCUCGGAUGAUGAGGAAGUUACUCUUUACGAGGGCGAAACCCAAUACCUUCAAGCAGUAAACGGUGGGGCCACCAAUGAAACCUACAAUCUCGACGACGUGCUCAUACAGUCAGACUUUGAAGACAAUGCCAGGAUCCUCGAGCUUGGUGAUGCGGAGAUGGCUGCGUACGAGGGCGACACGGACGAGCCUUCAACGCUUUCACUUGAUUACGACUUCAUCUACGCCGACGACAUGGACGCCCAACCAGUCCAAAACCAAGUCGAUGCCAGCGCGGUGCCUACACCAUCCAACACCGGCCUUCUUCAGAAAUUCGAAUCAAUGAACGUUAACGACUAUGGAGAAGAGGUCUCGUCCCCGAUCAAUGGCCCACUUACCCCUCAUGACCAUCACGGCCCAUCCGUAAAUCAGUCCCUCGGUACCGACAGCACCGAGUCUGAACUUGGGCCUGGAUCUGGCGACGAUGAAGCCGCCAUGUCGCACUCUGACCUCAACCAUGACCCUCAGCGGAGGCAUCUUCCCGUGUACGACAUCCGCCACCAUGUGUGCUCAUCAAGGAACGGGUGGACGUGGGACUAG